AACAGACGGGGAUUAAGAGUGUGUAAUUAUGUAGAAGCAGACGUCAGCAGAUAAACGGCCGCCGCUGCGUGGGGAUGCCCUCCUGCUAGCAGGCGGAGGUCCCAAGCCAGGCCCGGCGGGGGCAGCGCUCCACUCCCCUCCCUGCCCUCCCUCCUGUCUCCUCCCUCCCUCCUCCAGGACAGGACAGCAUCAAGAUGGCGGUGCAGGCAGCAGAAAACGACGCGAUUAACGUGGAGGAUGAGCAGCUGAACGACUCGCUGGGCAGCGCCGGCCUCAUCUCACCUGACAAGGAGGAUCUAGCACGUCUUCUGACGGUGCCUUUCAGCGGACGCAUCAGGGGCGGCAUGAGGCCCGGGAAGAAGAUCAUAGUGAUGGGUAUUGUGGACCUGGAGCCGGACAGCUUCGACGUGAGCCUGACGUGCGGACGGGACUUGGACAAGGAGGCUCCGGCGUACGACGUGGCCCUGAAGCUCACCGCCCGCUUCUCGGACCGGCAGUUCCUACGCGGCGCUCGCAUCGCCGGGAAGUGGACCCAGGAGGAGGCCUCCACCGCCUACUUCCCCUUCAUCCCCGAUCAGCCUUUCAGGGUGGAGAUCCACUGCGAGCACCAGCGGUUCCGAAUAUUCGUGGACGGACACCAGCUCUUUGACUUUUACCACAAAGUAAAAUCUUUGACGUCCAUCGACACCGUGCGGAUAGCCGGAGACCUACAGAUCACCAAGCUGGGCUAACGGCACAGGCCGCCGCUCAAAAGGUUGUGCGUUUGUGCGUGCGUGCAUGUAUGUAUGUGUGUGUUUGUGGGGGUGCGCGGCAAGGACUUGGCACACAUAACUAAUCACACACACACACGCACACACACACAUACAAAAAGCUCCAAUGGGAAGUUUUUCUGCUUUCUUUCUUUGGAUUUUCUUUUCUCUUCUUUUAUUCUUGCGUCACUUUUGUCACAUUUCACAGCAUUUUUUUUUUCAGGAAAUGUGCAUACCAACAAACCUUUGCUUAUGCAACGUGCACGUGUGUCUGAUUGGACCUCGGGCGUUUUUUUUUUUGUUCUUGAUCCGCACUUUUUACGAAGGCAGAGAUAUUAUUAUUAGAUAGUCACGAUAUUCUGGGUAAUUUCCAGCUAAACACCAAUUACGAUAACUUACUGUAUAUUAUAUGUGUUGUUUUUAAAUGGAGAUAGUUUCAGGUGGCUGGGAAUGUU